AUGACUGGAGUCUUUGACAGUCUGGUGGCUGAUAUGCACUCGACCCAGAUCACGGCCUCCAGCACGUACCACCAGCAACAGCAGCCCCCGAGCGGCGGCGGCGCUGGCCCCGGCGGCAGCAACGGCAGCAGCCUCCACAAGCCUCAGGAGUCGCCAACACUCCCGGUGUCCACAGCUACAGACAGCAGCUACUAUACCAACCAGCAACACCCGGCGGGCAGCGGCGGCGGCGGCGGCGGCGCUGGGGGCUCGCCCUACGCGCACAUGGGCUCCUACCAGUACCACGCCAGCGGCCUCAACAACGUCCCUUAUUCAGCCAAGAGCGGCUACGACCUGGGCUACACCGCCGCCUACACCUCCUACGCGCCCUACGGGACCAGUUCGUCCCCGGCCAACAACGAACCUGAGAAAGAGGACCUCGAACCUGAAAUCCGGAUAGUAAACGGGAAGCCAAAGAAAGUCCGGAAACCCCGAACCAUCUACUCCAGUUUCCAGCUGGCGGCUCUUCAGCGGCGUUUCCAAAAGACUCAGUACCUGGCACUGCCCGAGCGAGCUGAGCUGGCGGCGUCUCUGGGCCUCACCCAGACUCAGGUCAAAAUCUGGUUCCAGAACCGCCGAUCCAAGUUCAAGAAAAUGUGGAAGAGCGGUGAGAUCCCUUCGGAGCAGCACCCGGGGGCCAGCGCCUCGCCACCUUGUGCUUCGCCGCCAGCCUCGGCGCCGACCUCCUGGGACUUCGGCGCACCGCAGCGGAUGGGGGGCGGCGGCGGCCCGGGCAGCGGCGGCAGCGGCAGCGGCGCAGGCAGCUCCGGCUCCAGCCCGAGCAGCGCCGCCUCGGCUUUCCUGGGAAACUACCCGUGGUACCACCAGGCCUCGGGCUCCGCUUCGCACCUGCAGGCCGCCGCGCCGCUGCUGCACCCGGCGCAGACCCCGCAGCCGCACCACCACCACCACCAGCACCACCACGGCGGCGGGGGCGCCCCAGUGAGCGCCGGGACGAUUUUCUAA